AUGCUUUGUUGAAUCAGCUCAAGGAAAAAUUUGCUACUACAAAACCUGGUACGAGGUCUCUUGAUACACUCCAAGGCGGGAAGUCUGCGAAAAAAGUGAAGCAUGCUCAAAUUGUGAAGGAUGAGAAGACCCUUCAGGCCCUUGCUAUUCUACAAGGUUCAGUGAAAUUGUCCUAUAAGCAGUGGCGUGAAGGUCUUCUAAAGGUAGAUGAGAACGUGCUCUCCGCUAAUACUCUUCAACAGCUUCGAACUGCGCUUCCACCCAUGGAUGUGAUUAAAAAAUUGUCAGAAGUAGACUCGUCAGUUGUGAGCGAAAUGCCCGAAGGAGAGCAGGUACAUACUUCUUGUCUGGCUUCAUUAGCGUCAAUCACUGCGUUACCUCUGCGGCUCGACCUUAUAAUUUUCAAACAACGCUUCCAGGAAAUCAUGAAUGAUAUCAAGCCAGGCAUAUCCUCUGUGAUUGAAGCUUGCGAGGAGAUUCGGCGGUCCAAGGGCUUCAAAAUCUUCCUUGAGUUAGUGCUCCUGUUUGGGAAUUACAUGGACCAGUCGUCGAAGACCUACAAGGACACAUUCGCCUUUGAAAUGAACGUGCUCACGAAGCUCAUGGAUACGAAAGACGUCGAUAAUAAGAAAACGUUGCUACAUUACAUGGUCGACUCUAUGCGCAAGUUCGAUUCAAAGAAUGCAAGAUUCGCGCAUGAAGAUUUCUAUCACUGUGUUGCUGCCGCCCGAGUGAACUCCGACGAGCUAACGAAAGGAGUGACAACUCUUCGACAAAAUGUAGCCAAGGUA